AUUGUGUAUUUUACUGGGCUGUCUAACAGGAUUAUCUGAAAGCCCUUGACGGAAGCGCCACAUUACCUAGUGCUUGGGGCUUCUUCUGCUCUGUCUGACCAAUUUUUUUAGCUCAAGAUUUUCUUCUCAGUUAAGACAUGAAGAUGUCUAACUGGAGACUAUCUGUGCUUUCCCCCCUGCUGUUUCUUUGUUUCUUCAGAGAGGGCGUCUGCAUUUGUGAUGGGACCACCUGGACCAAGGUCGGAUGGGAGAUUUUUCCUGACGAAGUGCUCUAUCUGAAAGUUAAGGCUUCCUCAUCCCACUGCCUACCUUACCCUCUGGACAAACUCUGCUGCAACUUUGCUAACCUGGACCUCGUCCAGAGUUCUUUACGCCUCUUGUACAUCUUAGUACAAGCUCUCUUCUUAAUCCUGUUUGUUUUAUCUGUGCAUUACCUGUGGAUGAAAUGGAUGAAACACCAAAGAAAGCUGAAAAAGCAAGCCUCUUUAGAGAAACACGGCGAUGACCUAGAGAGUGCAUCCAUCUAUGACAUUGAACAGAUCCUCUGCAGACUGCUGACCACAACAUCAAUGAUGACCAAGUUCCUGAAGCAGGUGUCCCAACAUUCUUCCUUUAAGAAAGUUAAGCAACACCAUAGAGUAAAGAGGAAGAAGAGUGAAGGGGGAGAGGAGUCAAAGAAUACUAAACCUAUGCCCAUGCAAUGUAGCUCAGUCAAGUUCAGAAGAGUACAAAAGAAAUCUAUUUCCAGGACUAUCUGAGGAUGAAAAGGUUUCUUUGGGAGCUGGUGUAGGUUUUUUUGCCAUGACCUUCACUGAAAAAACUUUCAGACAAGUCUGGAUUUCCAUUCAACUGAAAAAGAAUCCACACUUACUAGUGUGGCUCCCAGAAUAAAAUGAAAACACCUUAACCUGGCA